CAUCGAAGGCGGCAGCGGCGUGUAUUUACGUUCCAUUGCCGCUUGUCAAACUGAAGCGGUUUCCGUGGGUUUCAAAACAUAAACCAAAAAGGAAGCCCGUCCUGCUGUUUUCCAGAUUUGUGCCCCUUGCCACCGCAGAAUGUUUUAUCACAUAUCCUUGGAGCAUGAAAUCCUGCUGCACCCACGGUACUUCGGGCCGCAGCUAAUCGAAACGGUCAAGCAAAAGCUGUACACCGAGGUCGAGGGUACGUGUACCGGCAAGUACGGGUUUGUGAUUGCCGUCACCACCAUCGACGAUAUCGGAUCCGGCACGAUACAGCCGGGCCAGGGCUUUGUGGUGUACCCGGUCAAGUACAAGGCGAUCGUGUUCCGGCCGUUCAAGGGCGAGGUGCUGGAUGCGACCGUCAAGCAGGUGAACAAGGUGGGCAUGUUUGCGGAGAUUGGCCCACUGUCCUGCUUCAUCUCGCACCACUCGAUCCCGGCCGACAUGCAGUUCUGCCCGAACGGGGCCCCGCCGUGCUAUCGGGCGAUAAAUGGUGAGAGCGUGAUUGCGGCCGAGGACAAGAUACGGCUCAAGAUCGUCGGAACGCGUGUCGAUGCCACCGGUAUUUUUGCGAUCGGCACGUUGAUGGACGAUUAUCUCGGACUGGUGGGCAGUUAAGCGUUGGAUUUUUCGAACAACCGCGACGAAUCGAUGACGAGAUUUAUUUAAGAAGAGUGUAUGUGUGUGUGUGUGUAAUGUUAAGGUACAAAUAUAUGUAGCACAAUGACGGCACGGAA